AUGGCACGGACAGACGAGGCAGAGGCCUUCGUUGUGGGCGUUUAUAUGGCUGUCCAGGAAAUCCCUCACGGUAAAGUCACUUCGUAUAGUCACAUUGCGUACUUGAUAGGGAAGCCCCAAUGCCCAAGGCAGGUCGGUCAAGCCCUCAAGCACCUCCCAAGCAACAGCAACAACGACGCUCAGGGUAAUACCGUCGUCUUCCACAACGGUAAUGUUCCGUGGCAGAGGGUCAUAUCGUCAAAUGGGAUAAUUCCGGUCAGGGAUGACCCUACCGCCGCAGCACGUCAUGCACAGGCACUGCGCAGCGAGGGAGUAACUGUGACGACACGGGCAGGGGGAGCGCUUCACGUGGACCUGGAUGGCUUUGGAUGGUUCCCUGGCAGCCUGCCCUCUGAGGGUGAGGGCUCAGUGUAUGGUGACGGCGAUGACUGA